GAAACGGCCGCGGAAAAAACGAGUACGAAACGUUUUGAUUAGCGCUCGACGCGAUGAUAAAUAAGCAGUUGACGAGGAAAAGUAUUUCGUGUCAGUUUUCCUCGUAUUACGAUACUUUACCGUAAAAUUCCUGAUACUAUGAUCGGAAAAAUGAUAAUAUUUGUAACGAAAUUGCCACAGGUGAGGAGAGCAAAAAUUCCGAGGAUAAAAAACCUGUACAGGAAAGUAGCUGCGUCAUAAGAAGAAACGAUUUGUACCCUACAAGGAGUCGAAACUGAAAUAGUGUCCGGGUCAGGGACUUGGUUUUGUGCGAUACUUAUCUCGCUCGAUACGUCUUUCCUGCAGAGAAAUAGAGACGGAGAGAAGAUAGAUAGCGGAUGAUUUUCACGCUGAAUGAUUCGACGUUUCUUCUGAAGUGGAAUGACAAGUUUGCCUAACCGAACUACCGAAUUCGUUUGGCUAACAGGUUUCAACUGUUCCUGUCGUACCACGUUGAUCGAUAGCCGCGUGUCCAUCGUAGAUAUACAUACGCCGUAGAUAAUACAUAUACUUAUAAAAUCAUGAUGCAAACAGCAACGUCUCGUCCCUUUGGUUUCAUCAGCCUUGCAACUUGAACAGAUUCGCUGAUAAACCAGGUGGAAAUCUACUUGGGAAUCACCGGUCUGUUAGGGGAAUUAUUGAAAGUCGAUAUUUCGCAUCUGCUUUGGAUUUCCUCCUCUCGCUCUGUUGUCCUUUACCGUACCAAUUAUAUCCCGCGCCACAAAGGACUACGCGCGUGCUAAAAUUAAAUUGACCACACGUAACGGAUUUUAAUUUCGAUGAACGAAGAAAGUUGAUUUGUUACGUAAUCGAUGAUAAAGCAUAACGAUGCUGGAGAUUGCUACUUGAAUAAUCCUGCAUAGGUGUUGGUGGAAUCGAAGAGCGCGUGCACAAACACUUGGGAAUCCCAGAGUCCUUAGGAUACCAGAUGAUCGGGAGGAGGAUACUUGGUUCGUCAUUUUUUACCAGCUACGCCAAAGCCAUUGUCUCGCGUGAUUUUCAAGUGGUUCGUACAAUUUUGAACAACACCGAGCUGACGAAAAAUCAUAUGACGCCGGAGAUGAAGCUGUUUUUGUUAACACCCAACUGCCCUCUUUAUCACGAACCGUUUCAAAACGUUCUGCAAGGCAGCAAUAUGAAAAGGAACGUGUUCGUUGAGCCUUUCUGGUCGAUUUAUUGGCCAGGAGGACAGGGGCUCGCCAGAUUCGUCCUCGACGAAGGGAACGCGCUGUUCUCAUCCUCGAGGAACGUUUUGGACCUUGGGGCUGGAUGCGGGGCAACUGCUAUAGCCGCGAAACUUCGGGGCGCCAGCAAGGUUGUUGCCAACGAUAUCGAUAAAGUCGCCUGCACGGCAAUUAUGAUGAAUGCGCUGGUAAACAACGCGGAGCUCGAAGUGUCUGAAGAAAAUUUAUUGCACCGUCCCCCAGAUAAAUUGAUAGAUUUCAUUUUCAUCGGUGACAUGCUGUACGACGAGGAAAUCACCAGCGUUUUAAUCCCCUGGCUGGAAGAAGCGAGUAAAAAUGGCACGCGGAUCUUCCUAGGAGACCCAGGGAGACACGGUUUCACCGAGGAUUUGAGGAAACGAUUGACGUCGUUGAAGAUUUACUCGUUGCCGAAAAAUGUACGACAAGAAAAUUAUGGCUAUGAUAAAUGUUACGUUUGGGAAUUCUCUAAGUAACGAACAAACUCGAUAAACUGCAUCGCGUGAUCAAACAAUAGGUAUUAACGAGAUAUGUACACGGUUGUCAUAUGGUAGCGCGUGGCUUGUUCGUAAACAAGCUGAUGGCAAUCCGAUUUAUGACAGCCAGACGCCAAAUAUUGCGAAACAUCGCCACGGUAACAAAUUGUAUGCUCGUCCUGAUAUAGAUUCUUUGUCUAUUUAGCGACUAGUCUCUAUGUAAAACGCUCAAUUUUUGCUAUCUACUUAUAUAUUUAAGAAACAUCUAUGUUGGAGUUGUCAAUCGAUGCUGUUCAGACUCUCUAUGCUCACCUGUUUACCGAUGUAAGACUCCAAGCUACCGUGUUGCGUUAUCAAUCCGGUCCGUAAAGAUGUCACGUUAGAUAAUUUGAUUCUGCACUCGUAUCUCGAACGAUCUGCAACAAUUUCCGUGAUUGCUUUAACAUAACUAACAAUAAGUAGCAAUACUUAUGAAAUUAUCUGUUCAAAUUAUCUAAAGUAUGUUCAUAGAAGAAACUCGCGUAUACACCCACUGUUAUAGAUCUUGGUACCGUUUUUACAGGUGCACGGUUCUUGUUCGUCUUCGUCGUAAGGGCACUGCAUUAUGCAAUUCUCGAUUCCGCAUUCUGUGAACAAACGUCGACUUGAUGAUCGUUAGCAUCGAUGAUUCUUACGGAUGACUCACGCUGUAAGUAGCUUGAAUUCGACCACGCCGUGAACGUGACUCAUCCGAAAGUUAUCCACAGGUAUUUUUGCUCCGUGAACGGAACAAGCGUUAACAUGGAAGUGAAUCUUACCACCGUCAAUCGUGUCCAGAAGACGAAUCUCGCAAUAACGUCCAACAUAGCCGUCGAGGCAAUGGCAAUUCAUCGCUUCUGCUCCAAUUUGCCUGUAACAGUUCAACGAACCGAUCGUACAUUCAUCAUUCUUAUUCAAGCUACAUUUUUCGAUCAAGAAUCAUCGAAACUCGCUUUUCCAGUUUAAAAAGUUCAACGAUGCGAGGAUAAUUGGACGAUCGACCUACAUUUAUACGUAUUAUCGAUUGAUUCUGUUUCGCUCGGCUUUUGACGUACAAACUUUCCCGAUACUACUGGUCACGUUAUAGUUUAUUGAAACUGCGACAACGAACUUUCGAGUUUGAUAACAAGUUGCAAACUUUAAUGGCUUGAUUAACGAAACACGAUGAAACGUUCGCUUUCCCUCGUUCUGAUUGAGACCUUGCAGAUGGUAUCGUUGAUUAUAACUUUCUAUAAUUAUCAGCUACUGGAAUUUUAUCUCUUCGAUACGAUCACGUUUGAGAUCUUCUGUAAAUUGCUAAUUACAAGUUAGUUAAAAAUGAUUAACCUUGCUGAAUAACAUAGAGGUAAAAUCACAAAUGAUAUAUCAUACUUGCAAGUGCCCCCGUUUUGGCAGAUAGCAUUGUGAUCAUCCUCGAAACAGAGAGGUCCUUCGUUGCAGUCCUUUCCGCUGAAGCCGUCGAAACAGUUGCACCAGAAAUUUCUACCAGGAACAACGGAAAAUUUCGUUAUUUGUACACGGCACGUGGAAUGAGUUUCAGAGGCGAGGGAUAAAUCGGGAGGGUCGCAGGAUUUAUUAAUAAUUCAUGAGACUUGAUACGGUAUCUCUAUGCCCUACAAACCUCCCUAUGAUCCGAUUUGCCCUUCUCUUCUGUUUAUCUUUCACGAUGGAAAUUUUUCAGCUUACCAAAUUGUUGUACAAAUUAAUUUCCUUAUUUAAAUAUAAUAUAUUGUAAAUCGGUAA